UGAUCUAUCGAAUUAUUUACAUUUAUAAUCCAGCGGUAGUGAAAUGUGAUGAGGCUUAGCGAUUUAGAGAUUUAGUGUUUCAGAAGUAAUAAUCAGGUGAGGCUAAAGGAUAUGGAUUUCAAUAUAAACUUGGAGAAGAUCUGCAGAGCAUGCCUGAUAGAGAAAUGCUCCAUGAAGCCUCUGUUUGGUGCCUGCCUGCCCAAUAUGCUUAUGACCAUUACAUCAGUACAGGUGAUGGAAGGAGAUGGUUUGCCAGCAUUGAUAUGCACACAGUGCCUGCAAAUGAUCAACAGGUUCUACAGCUUCAAGCAGUUGUGCGAGAAGUCUGAUGCUACAUUGCAUGAGUACCUGUCUCAGGUGUCCACAGAUAAUCUAAUGCAGGAUCCUAAAAACACCAAUAUAUUCACUAGCACUGAUGCCCUACAAUCAUCCCUUUUCAGUGAUAUAUUCAAUGAUGCCAGUCACUCGUUUGUUCAUAGCUUCACAGGUGGAGGACCUGAUUCUUUGGCUGAAACCAUGCAGAGUUUGCAGACCAUUGCUGAGCAGUGUUUGCCACCAACUUGGGAGCCUGAGGUACCUUUGAUCAAUCCCAGUAGGGAUUCCCAGGAUAUUAUUUGUGAUGAAUUCAGCUUGGAUGAAUUUUUUAAAUGUCAAUUCUGUAAUAAUACAUUUAAAGAUGAUUGGAGCUUAGGGGAACAUUUGAAGAUCCACACGCAUAACAUAAUGUACUUUUGUAACGUGUGUGGAAAGAACUUCACCAGUCCGAACGCUCUAUCGGAGCACACGUUGGAGCAUUCCAUCGAGCAACCUGCCAAACUGGAGAAACGGAAGAUGUUGAAUAAACCAUUUACCUGCAACAUCUGCGGCAAAAGUUACACGGAGAACAAAGGAUUGAAAGAGCACUUCAAGAUGCACACGCAGAACGACUGCAUGAAGCGAAAGUUCGAAUGCUCGAUCUGCGGCAAGAAGUAUACGCAGAAUAAGGUGUUGUUGAUCCACCUGAGGACGCACACUGGAGAACGUCCUCUGCAGUGCGAGAUCUGCCACAAGACCUUCUCGCUUCCCAGUUCUCUGCACAAGCACAGGCUAAUCCACAAGAACAUCAAGCAACACAAGUGCAACAUCUGCGGAAAGAGCUUCAGACACACAUCCAACUACAACGUACACUUGAAGCUGCACACGGGCGAAAGGCCACAUAUUUGCAGCAUCUGCGGAAAGGCCUUUGCAACUACGGCCAAUUUGGAUGUUCACGUUAGGAUUCACACUGGGUUAAGACCUUACAAAUGCACCAGAUGCGAUCAUUCCUUUACCACAAGCAGUCAACUGAAGAAGCAUAAUUUACGUCACACAGGAGAGUUACCAUACAAGUGCUGGCACUGUGGAAAGGCUUUCAGGCAUAAGGAUACAAGAGACACUCAUUUGAGAUACCACACUGGAGAUAGACCAUACAGUUGCACUCUAUGUCCAAAGAAGUACAUAGCAGCAAGUCAUCUGAGAGUACAUAUGAGAUCCCACAGGAACGAUAGGAAACACCAAUGCAAUAUGUGCGGAAAAUCAUUCCUCGAUCCGCAAACCCUUAAAUCUCACAUAAUGACUCACACAGGCAUAAAGCCAUAUAGUUGCUUGGCUUGCAACCAACAUUUUGUGCAAUCAGCAACGCUGAGUAACCAUCUAAAGAUUUGUCCCCACAACAAAAUAAACUUCUAAACAUAAGAAAUUAAAAUUUUAUUAAAACAUACAUAAAAAUAAGUAAAACACAUAAAAUAAAUAGGGACGUUUUACAAUGAAUCUACAGCA